ACAUAAACAAUCCAUCAUAUCCUGUGUACUGAAAUCCAUAAUCCAUUUUCUUGUUUCAGUUUAUUUGAUAGCUUUUCCCAGUACGUUAUAUGAUGAACAAGUGCGAACGUGUGUUCAACUAUUUCGAUAAAGACAGAGAUGGAAAACUAACCCCGUUGGAGCUCCACCGUUGCAUUGGAUCAAUCUGCGGUGAUUUAUCACUUGAAGAGGUACAACAGGUGGUUGCGCCGUUGAUUUCCAGUGAGAACGGGGUUCUGGGAAUGGAUGAAUUGGAGUGUUUGGUCGAAAGCGACAACGAAGAAGAGAGAAUAGAGGACUUGAAAAAGACGUUUAGAAUGUAUGAAAUGGAAGGAAACGAAUGCAUUACUCCAAGAAGUCUAAAGAGAAUGCUGAGCAUAAUGGGAGAGUCGAGGUCUGUCGAUGAAUGUGUUGGAAUGAUUAAUCGAUUUGAUCUCAACGGCGACGGGGUGCUCAGCUUCGAUGAGUUCAAAAUCAUGAUGCUGAGCUAAGUAUUGCAAGCACAUGCAUAAAAUAUGCUAUUACUGCGUCACUAACUAAGAAUUUUUUCAUUUAUUUUUCUACUACAGGAUUUUUCGAGUGAAUAUUGGAUUUGAUUCUUUUGUAAGUUUAUUUGUUCAUGCGAUCAUUUAUCGCAUUUAAUAAAAAUGAAUAUUUCUACUAUAUUGAAGCGAUC